AUUAAUUGGAAUGAAUUCCUUGUGUACAAAAUAAGAAGAUUAGCAAGCCAUGAAUAAUGAGAGCAUACCAAAAUAGAUUUCUUUGUUUCCUAAUAAUAAGUAUUUGCUGGAUUAAUUAGUCAAAAUGUGAUAUAAUUUCAAUAGUACUAGUAGAUAAUUUAAAAAUUUUGGAAGGCCUUGCAGAAUUUGUUAGUUGCUUAAAUUUAACCUCACAAUUAACCAAAAUAUCCUUUUGUAAUUUAAAUAUCUUAUAAUGACUUUGUGGUACAUUCUAUAUAUUACAUAGGUUCAUUUAGGUCAUAAAUAAACAGAUUUAAUUAGUAGAUGUGAGUGUAUCUUUCCUUAUACGAGUUCUAUGAUUUAAUGCUAUUAAACUUAAGAAGGUCCUAGAGUUCAUAAGGUCAAGCUUCCCAUUUACAAGAGAAGAGGGGUAAGUUUGAUGUAGGAUUAAAAGGAUACUAAAAAUAUUCCAAAGAAUUAUUGUAAAAGUAUAAUAACUUUUGCAUGCAAGAAUGAAUAAAAUAUUUGCUUUUAAAUCUUAUAAGAUUAAUUGAAAGUUGUGAAAUUUAUAGAUAAGAUUUCUCAAUAUAAAAAACAAUUACUAAAUAUAAAGAUCUUUAGUGGUUUAUUGUAAUAAUCUGAUGAUUAAGAGGAAGAAGAGUACAGAAGAGCAUUCAGAAUAAUAAGGUAUGAUUAUAGAUGUAUAAAUAGUCAAAUCUUUAUAAAGAAAUAAGCUAUAAAUUAUAUAUUUAAUUCAAAAAUUGUUCAACAUAAUUGGCAUCUGAGAUAUAGAUAUUAAAUAUAUAAGGGAGUAAAGAAUCCAAAUAGUUUUUCUCACAUUAAAAAUUUAUGA